AUGCCGUACACAUUCAGGGGAAAGAUCUCCACGGCGACCGCUGUCAGUCAGCUGAAGCAAGACUUUCCUAACAUCUCUCAUCUCCUGCUUGUCGGCAUUGGCGGUGGUAUACCCACUCAGGGAGUCGAUGUUCGGCUAGGAGAUGUAGUCAUCAGCACCCCUACAGGAACAAAUCCUGGAGUGGUCCAAUACGACUUGGGCACAGCAUAUCAAGAUAGGUUUGUGCGAGCCGAGCAGCAUCUCCUGCCUCCUCCACUGGAAUGGCUACACGCUAUCUCUAGAAUGAAGGUUACACAUCGAAUGGAAGGUGACAAUGUUGAUCAGUUCAUCGAAGAGCUACAUGCACGCUGUGCGCAUCAAGCUUUUGUUCGCCCAUCAAUUGAUACAGAUACCCUUUUUGAGCCCACAUAUGAUCAUGUCGAAGGUGAAGCAACCUGCAAUCAAUGUAACCGAGACAGGGUUACUCAGAGACCGCCACGCUCCGAUCCAACCAAGCCAGUCAUACAUUACGGACUCAUCCUUUCCGGUGACUCUGUGAUAAAAGACGCAGCAACCAGAGACCAGAUCGCCAGCGAUGAAGGUGGAGCCAUCUGUUUCGAAAUGGAAGCUGCAGCGAUGAUGAACGAUUUUCCCUGUUUGGUCAUUCGAGGAAUAUGCGAUUACGCCGAUUCGCACAAGAACGAUGUAUGGCAUGAGUAUGCCGCUGCCGCUGCUGCUGCUGUAGCCAAGGAAAUUCUUCGGUUUAUUGAGCCUAUUGUUCCUCGAAUCGAAGAUGAUCACAACUCUUCAUCUGCAGGUACUAUGUCCUCGAAUGGGGCAAUCACAGGCACCUUUUAUGCGCAGAAUGGCACUAUCACCAACAUUCAGACUAUGACAGCAGCCGGGAAUAUCUAUUUCGGAUGA